AUGCAGCCUCGCCGGAAAAGGACUGUUCGGCCAUCGGCGCCGGAGACAGAAUCAAAGCAUUUCAUGAAAGCCAUACUUCCUUCACCCGUUCAUGCCAAACAAAUUAGAAUUCCAGAAGAGUUUAUAACAAGAUUUGGGAAUGAACUCAACAAUGUUGUUACAAUUACUGUUCCCGAUGGCCGAGUUUGGGAAAUGGAACUCGAGAAAUGCGGCAACCACGUAUACUUUUCCAAAAACUGGCAACAAUUUGCAGAAUACUAUUGUAUAGGAUAUGGUUGCUACCUGUGUUUCAAAUAUGAAGGGAAUUCUAAAUUUUGUGUUAUUAUAUUUGAUAUCACUUCUGUUGAGAUUCCCUACCCAUUCAAAACUACUCAUGGAGAAAUAACCAUAAAGUCCCCUACUCCUAGGAAAAGUUCCAAGGUUGAAACAAUUGGAGUUCAAAGCAUGUCUAACACUGCUUCUAAGAGAGUAGAACAUGCUGCCAAUGAAUUCAACCCAAACAACCCUCAUUUUCGAUCCAAAAUCAAUAUGGGAAAAAAUGUGUAUGUUGCGGCUGAUUUUGCUGCAAAGUAUCUGAAGCCAAAUGUUCCUAUAAAGCUCCAAAAUUCUCAUGGAGAGCAGUGGGAAGUUUCUGGCAUGUUGCAUGAUGUCAGAUUCUCGUUAGCUUUGCAAAUAAGGAGAGGAUUCUCUAAAUUUCAAAGGGACAACAAUCUGUCAGAGGGAGAUAUUUGUGUGUUUGAGCUGAUCAUGGAGAAUCCGGUUGUGCUAAAAGUCACAAUGUUUCGCGCAGUUGACUAUGCUGAUUAA